GCCGGAGACACGCAUGACAGGACAAGUGUGUUACCCUGCAGCAUGUCCUGUCAGAACACACACGACAGGAUCAGUGUGUUACCCUGCAGCAUGUCCUGUCAGAACACACACGACAGGAUCAGUGUGUUACCCUACACCGUGUCCUGUCAGAACACACACGACAGGCUCAGUGUGUUACCCUUACACCGUGUCCUGUCAGAACACACAGGACAGGAUCAGUGUGUUACCCUACACCGUGUCCUGUCAGAACACACAGGACAGGCUCAGUGUGUUACCCUACACCGUGUCCUGUCAGAACACACAGGACAGGCUCAGUGUGUUACCCUACACCGUGUCCUGUCAGAACACACAGGACAGGAUCAGUGUGUUACCCUACACCGUGUCCUGUAAGAACACACAAGACAGGAUCAGUGUGUUACCCUACACCGUGUCCUGUCAGAACACACAGGACAGGAUCAGUGUGUUACCCUACACCGUGUCCUGUAAGAACACACAGGACAGGCUCAGUGUGUUACCCUACACCGUGUCCUGUAAGAACACACAGGACAGGCUCAGUGUGUUACCCUACACCGUGUCCUGUCAGAACACACAGGACAGGAUCAGUGUGUUACCCUACACCGUGUCCUGUAAGAACACACAAGACAGGAUCAGUGUGUUACCCUACACCGUGUCCUGUCAGAACACACAGGACAGGAUCAGUGUGUUACCCUACACCGUGUCCUGUAAGAACACACAGGACAGGCUCAGUGUGUUACCCUACACCGUGUCCUGUAAGAACACACAGGACAGGCUCAGUGUGUUACCCUACACCGUGUCCUGUAAGAACACACAGGACAGGAUCAGUGUGUUACCCUACACCGUGUCCUGUCAGAACACACAGGACAGGCUCAGUGUGUUACCCUACACCGUGUCCUGUCAGAACACACAGGACAGGAUCAGUGUGUUACCCUACACCGUGUCCUGUAAGAACACACAAGACAGGAUCAGUGUGUUACCCUACACCGUGUCCUGUCAGAACACACAGGACAGGCUCAGUGUGUUACCCUACACCGUGUCCUGUAAGAACACACAGGACAGGAUCAGUGUGUUACCCUACACCGUGUCCUGUAAGAACACACAGGACAGGCUCAGUGUGUUACCCUACACCGUGUCCUGUAAGAACACACAGGACAGGCUCAGUGUGUUACCCUACACCGUGUCCUGUCAGAACACACAGGACAGGAUCAGUGUGUUACCCUACACCGUGUCCUGUAAGAACACACAGGACAGGCUCAGUGUGUUACCCUACACCGUGUCCUGUCAGAAGAUCUGGAAUGUCACCGUUGUUGUAACACUAAAAUUCGCUGGCUGUGAGAUCAGUAAUACUCCUAGAACACGUUUGGCCUCCCACUACCACCAUAGACUAGCGUCUCCAAGCCAUAAAAGCACCACUUUUGCGACUUUAAUACAAAUACAGACAUGAUCUCCUCUAGAACGGCCAUUGAUCU